UUUCUAAAUUUCGGGAAAAGGAGUUAUGUGGUGAAAGAGCGAAAUGCCAAAGCAACAAAACGGCUAUUAUUAGAGUUUCAAAGAGCGAUUGUGGGGGAGAGAAAGAGAGAGUGGUGGGCAUUUAAGAUCGUUGUAUGUUCGUUGAAGUUUUUUUCUCUUUGUCGGAUUUUCUCUGAGAAAGUUUAGUCUUGUUUGGGGGAUUUCUGAUCUCGGGGGGCUUAAACGAUCUCUGUGGUUUUUGCAGAGAUUGAUUGAUCGGCGCAGAUUAAGGAGUUUAAUUUUAGUGUUGUAGUGUGAUUGAAAUUGGGGAAAUUUUAAUCAUGACUGAUGAGUACUAUAAUUCCAAGAAAUCUGAUGAUAUAUGUGAAGACGUUUGUGGACAGCAGACGUCUCGUGGAGGAUUGACCAUGUCAAGGCUUCGGUGUAUGUUUCGAGCAUUUGAUAUGAAGACCUAUCUUUUUGUGUUUGUUUUUAUCCCAUUAUUUUUUUUUGGUGUCUAUUUACACGGGCAGAAAAUCAGCUAUUUCCUAAGACCAAUAUGGGAAUCUCCGCCAAAGCCCUUCAAUGUGAUCCCUCAUUAUUAUAACGAAAAUGUGACACAAGAGACUCUUUGCAAGCUUCAUGGGUGGGGAAUUCGUGAAUCCCCAAGAAGAGUCUUUGAUGCAGUGUUGUUCAGUAAUGAAGCUGAUAUUCUUACAAUUCGAUGGAAGGAACUGUAUCCUUACAUUACUCAGUUUGUGCUUCUUGAGUCAAAUUCAACAUUCACUGGCUUACCCAAGCCAUUGCUUUUUUCUAGCAAUCGGCACAGAUUUGAUUUUGUGGAGCCUCGGCUGACUUAUGGGGUGAUUGGGGGAAGGUUUAAGAAAGGUGAAAACCCGUUUGUUGAAGAGGCAUAUCAAAGAGUUGCACUGGACCAGCUUCUUAGAAUAGCCGGGAUAGAAGAUGAUGACUUAUUGAUAAUGUCUGAUGUCGAUGAGAUUCCUAGUGCCCACACAAUUAAUCUGCUGAGAUGGUGUGAUAACAUUCCACCUAUCCUCCAUCUGCAGCUGAGGAACUACUUGUACUCCUUUGAGUAUUUUGUAGACAGCAAGAGCUGGAGAGCUUCAGUUCACAGAUAUCGUUUGGGCAAGACUAGGUAUGCACACUUCCGUCAAACUGAUCUCCUCUUGUCAGAUUCAGGAUGGCAUUGUAGCUUCUGCUUCCGCCAUAUCAAUGAUUUCAUAUUCAAGAUGAAAGCUUACAGCCACAAUGACCGAAUAAGGUUUUCUCAUUACUUGAAUCCCAAAAGGAUUCAAGAUGUCAUAUGCAACGGAGCUGACCUAUAUGACAUGCUUCCUGAAGAACAUACUUUUAAGGAGAUUAUCGGGAAGCUGGGUCCUGUGCCUCGUACAUAUUCAGCGGUUAAUCUUCCUGCAUAUUUGUUGAACAAUGCCGAGGAGUACAAAUAUCUCUUGCCUGGCAACUGCAAAAGAGAAGGUGGCUAAUUUUUAUCUGGAGGUGUGAUUACACUGUACAAAGUUUAGAAAUUGUGCUUUUGCACAAUAAUGGCCUCUAUUGCUCAUUGUGACUACAGUGAGGUUUCGAUACAUGCAUACCAUAUAUCAGAUGAAAUCUAGGUCAUUACUCUAUAAAUUUACCUUGUUUCAGAGGUAUAUCCAAUUUUCCCCCUGGAGAGCUUUUUUUGAGCAGAAUAGGAUGAAGACUUUGGCAAGCAUAUCGCAUGUUGUCAGUAAGGCCUAAUCCCUGAAUUGCUGAAGUAGAAUGACAUUUCCCGCCUUUUUUUAGGUUGGGAAUUUUGCUUUCUCAAACUAAGUUUUAUGGUAUAUUCUUCUUAAAAAUGUAUUGCCUUAUUUAACUCCUAGAUAUGUAAAUGUAAUUUCUUCUGGAUCCUUUUUAAUUGUUAUGCGGAUUUUUUCUUUCUCCA